AUAACGCAUAUCAGUGGAAGUUGCGUGCAGAACUCGCGAAGUACCGCAAGUUAUCGGUCCGACGUAAAUCAAGACGCACUAAAGAUGGGUAGCCGCUCCUUUCUGAUCAUUGCUUUGGUGGUCGUAUUUGCUUUUCUUCACUCAGGUGAGGCAUUGAAGUGUUACCAGUGCGACUCACAAACUGAUGACAGUUGUAAGAAUAAAUUAGAAACAAAACACGAACAAGCGUGUUCCGCUGGAGUUGAUCUCUGUUUCUCAUGUGCAGUUCAACUGAGCGAUGGAAAAGAGAUUAAGCAACGCAGUUGCUUCCCCUCAUUAAGCCCCUCAUUAGGAGCUCAAGAAGACCUUAAGGUUAAAUCCAUGCAGUGUGCAGCAUGCAACACAGAUCUCUGUAAUGCAGCAUCAACUAACGUGUUAACUUUGGGAUGGCUUGCACUGUUAUGGGCGAUUCGAUCUAUUUUUGCAGGAGCAUAUUAAUUCUUAAGUCCGAUUCAGUCGUAACAUUAUAACACAUUCUUCCAUCCUAAAAUAUACAUCUGUGUUUACGUGACGACAAAGUUUUUUUGCCGCACUUUAUUUUAUUCUACAUCAAACAUCAUGUAUCAAAUCUUCUCUCUUCUCUCGUUUUUGUACAAAUCCUGAAAAAAUCGAACAUGUCGACUAAGAUAGUUCGAUUUUCGCUUUUCUUACAACUGAAUAAAUAAACCUUCAAUGUAUAUAUAUUUAUGUGCAAUUUAAUAUCAAUAAAACGUAAUGCAUGAAAAAUAA